CAUAAAGGUUGUACGUUGCGAGCUCGCGUGCGAAGUUUACAAUCGCGAAAGGAUUUUCCUUUGUCCCGAUCCUCGAGGACCCUGCCCUCGUAUUAUGUUUCCGCGCAAGAGCCGCGAACAACCCCGGCCUACUGAGGAGCCGGACCGUGUGCAGCGCGCCCAAUCGCGUCGAAAUUUUCGUAGUUUUCCGAAAUUUUGUGACGGUUAUCCCGCGAAACGCGUACGCCGGGCGAUUUGAAAUUUUUUUGUGAACGUGUGAGUUGUGAAUCGGACCACCGAACACGGUUGUAUCCUAUAUUAGUGUCGUUAAAGGGUGUGAGAACUGAGAGCAUUAUGUCGACCGGCAAGAGGCUGGCGAAGCGGUCCAUCAUAGGAACUCGCGUCGCAGCGCUCGGCGAAGACGGACUGUACUACUCAGGCAUGAUCCAGGAGGUGAAGACGCCAACACCGUUCCCCGAGAACAACAACUGCAUAAACCUGACACCGAAUACUAGAUACACAGUGCGGUUUGACGGUGCGAAGGGUGCCCGCGAGUACCGCGACGCGGAGCUGAUCGGACCCGGCUUCCGUGGCAUGACGGGGGUGAAGCUGCGGCCCAGCCAGCGCGUCUACCUCACGUACAACGGCCGCGAGGUGCGCGCCGACGUCCUGCACCACGACCAUGACACGGACGAGCUGCGCGUGCAAGUGCACGCACCCACAGCCGAGGCACGUCUGGAACUGAAGAAAAGACUAGAUGAAAUAAGACUGUUGGAGUCGCGGAAAUCAGCAAGGCUGGCUGAUGUGGACACAGAUUUUGCCAGGCUUGCAGAUAUGGCAGGUGACCGCCGCCGUGCCUCAGCUACUAUCGAAGUGCCAGCUCAUCAUAUGCAGGGGUCACGCAAACGAGGCCCCAGCAGUUCAUGCGACUUGGGCUAUGGUGAGCGCGACGACCAGAUGAACGAAUGCAACGCAGCCCUGGUGCUCAUGUCGCUCAGCUGUUCACCCAACUCGCCGCGUCCCAGCGCAUGGGGCGGUCGCUCUUCAGUAUCACCAGGUGCCAGCAGCAGCUCGGGAUCGUCGUGGCGCUCUGGCACGCCAUCCCCGCCGCCAGCUUCGUCUUCCUUCAGCGACGAAGGCAUCGCUUUAGACUAUGACCUGCAUCCUCGCAAGAAAAGGAUUAAUAGUGUUGUAUACGAGUGCACGUGGCGGGGAUGCGGCUACCACACCAAUAGCUGUCCUUCAAUCGAGGCUCACAUUAGACAUACACAUCUGGGACCAAAGAAAGAAGGUGAUAACGAUCAUGAAGAGGAAUUCUACUACACAGAGCGAGAGGUGGCGACCCCUGCACCACCGCCCACCUUAUCCCACCGGGACAUGUGCCGUCCGCCGCACGAAGACCCUGAGUAUCAACGACAGAUUGUAGGAUCGUACAGACAAGGUCUCCUAUCAACCAUACAACAUGGGACGGCAAGACCUAUAAGCAUUCCCGUAACGCAUUCCUGGUCUAGCUCACAUUCACCGAAACACAUGAGGCUGUCAGCAGCCAGCGGCUCACCAGGAAGCCCUGGGCGGCGGCCGCGCUCCGACAACAAGAAGUGUCGUAAGGUCUACGGCAUGGACCAACGUGAUCUCUGGUGCACUCAAUGCAAGUGGAAGAAAGCGUGCACGCGCUUCAGCGACUAGCGGACGCGACGAUCGCUCACGAUAUUCGCGGGUGUAGCGAGCGCCAGCGCCGGCGGCCGUGCUAUUAUGUAUCUCAAAUGAACAUUUACAUAGGUAUAAUGAAAUUUACUCAACCUACACUGAUAUUGAGUUUUUAAAAGAAUUUGCAGUGAAGAACUAUUCCGUGUGCGGGUCGUGAUUAGUAGUAUAAGACAAAUAAUAUAAAUAAUAUGAAUUAAGGUUUUAUUUAAGCAGAGAAUGAAAUUAUUAAUAUAUUGGAUAUGGAUAAAUUAUAGGAGACAUAUUUUUUCCUCUAAAUGUGGCUCGUGUUUUAACUGCAUAUUGACAUUGCCCACGUAUUUUUGUAGAACAGUGAAUUCUCCUUUACUGCGACAUGCAUGUAUAGUUGGCGUGUCGCUGUCAGUCGCAGACUGCGGAUAUUAGCCCUAAGAAUAGUUUUAAGAUUGACUGACCUGUGGACGCAGUGUGAUAACUAUUGUUAUAUGAUUCUGCUCGUCGAAACCAGAGUUACAUAAUACAUUCAAAUUUGAUUUUGCAAUCAUUUGCCCUAUUCUUUUAAUCUUUCUACAUGUUUUGUACAUUAUUGUACAGUCUUAAUAAAACUUAUUUAAACUAUUGACACGAAAGUUAAUCUUGUCUUGUGCAGGUGUACCUACAUGACUCACAAUUUAAAAAAAACAAGGUUUGACCUUUAAAUACUUUAUACUUUCGUUAACACAAUAAUGUUGAUUUAAAAUAGAGAAAUUAUAUUUUUAUACAUACAAUAGUUUAUAUUUUUUGUAACUGCACACUAAAAUCAAAUCCAUCUAAGUCUUUAUUACAUUAGGAAUGAAUGAAAUAUAUGUAGUUCGCUCGCUUCGUUCAAUAUAAUAUGUAGACAAAAUUAAAUUGUAGGGCGUCAGUGAAUUCCGUCCACAUUUUCGAAUGUGUUUUAAUUGAAUAUCUAUAAAGUCUCAAGUAACAAUGUUUUCACACUGUUUACUAACGAAGGAGUAUGCUCGAGCAUACUGUACUAAUUUCGACUUGGUGCAAUUUCCAGUCGGUGAAAAUUCGAUGAUGUUCAUCACGGAUUAUAUGUACAUUGACUGAAUUCUUAGAUAAUAAUAAUUACGAAAGAAUAACUAAAUGAUGAUACUAUGAAAUUAGUUUCGUAAGUUAUCUCAGAUUCGACGAAAAGACUACAAAAUAUGUUUAGAUUUAAAUUUUUAUGAACAUAUCUGUUUCGUAUACAAAGGUGGUCCUACCAGAACAAGGAGACAAUACUCAGCGUCGCUCGCGCAGCGUGCCUUGGCGCAGUGGUGCGGUCAGAGUUGCCAGAUUGGUUCAAAUGGGUUGCCAGGAAUGGAAAUAUCUAUGAAAAAAUAAUGAAAUCAUAGUGUUAACCGGACAAAUUUACAUUUUAAAUCAAUAUCUUACUGUUUUAUAAUAAAAACAAAUCAUUGGCAACUAAUUUCAUUGUUAAUUAGUACUAAAAUAAUGCUAUUUUCACACAUCAGCUUCACUGUUUACAUUUUAAGUAUAAUCUUGGAAAUUUAGAACACGGUGAUUAACAAGACGUUCCAACCACCUGGUAAUCCUAGGUACAGUAUACACUAUGCUCAUCACAAAUUAGGUUUUACCUCGGUCAUAAAUUAACAAUGAUUGCAGUACCAAUAUAUAAGAUGUCAAUAAUUAUCUUUAACAUAUACAUAGAGUGUCUCAUUAUUCAUGUUUUCAAUUUCAAUUAUGAUCAAAGAGACAGCAAAACCUAACUUAUGAUGGACGCCUCACACGUGCUUGUGGAUGUCAGUCGGCAACUGGUCACCACACCACACUAACUGCGCAAAUACUUACUACAAUGUACUGCUAAUGUGAGACUGAGGCAGAACGCAUUCACUGAGGAUGAGAUAACACUCAAGAAUAACCCUCAUACUUAUAAACUCGUAACUUUAAAAACUAUAACCAAUAAAUGCUUUAUUUGUUGUUUUAUAGCGGUUAACAAUAUCUAAUUAACUAAUACAAUAUCGUAAAUUAUUGAAAGACAAAUUCAUGAAAAUGGCUUAAAUAUUAAUUAAUAGACCAAAUAAACACAUAUAUCGCACGCUUCGUACAAUACUGUAUUAACACAAUAAUUGAACAUUUUGAAAAAUCGACUCUUAUGAUAUCAUUUUAAUGUCUAAUUACAAAAUUGUAGUUUUUAGGUUAAUACAGUAUUGUAACUAAGCGUGUAGAUAGAGUAAAUAAGUUAUGGGGGUUAGUGUGGUGUAAACAACAUGGCGUGUAAACAACAUGGACAAGAGAUGCUGCGAUAUAAAAAUAUCCAGCUUAUUGAAGAUAUGGAGGGUAAUGAUUGCGUAUUUAGAUAUUACACAGCAGCAUUUGUAAUAUCAAAAAAAUAAUAACGCACUUUGUUACGAAUACAAGGCAGUCUUGAUGACCCUGAUGACAUGAAAAAUGUGAUAGAAACAAAAGGAAGUCAUAUGCGGGAAAAACGAGUGGAGGCGAGCUGCAAUAUUAUUUUUUAAGUAUUAUUAUUAUUAUAUUAUGAAGUUUGUAAAUAUUAAUUAUACUGUUACGAGUAAUAUUCUAUUUAAUGUAUUCAAAAAUUGAAAGCAAUCUUUGGAUGUGUACAUAAAUAUUAUUAAUAUUGUUACUUAAUUGAUGUGAUCGUUUCAAAUCGAACAUUUUUGUACGGUAACAUAGUGACGAGUUUCUAAUUAGGUACUGUACUUGCAAUAAGAUCCGCGAGUUAUUUUUCAUGGCGCGGUAUUUAUGAUCAACUAGUUACCAAGAAUCGUUGCUUAUAUCUAAAGAAUUAUAUGAAUCACUUGAUGAAUGACCCGCUGGGUAAUAAAUGUCUAACACUUAUAUAACCUACAGGUAUAUAGGUACCUGAAGCUAUUUAUCAAAUAAGUUUAAAAGUUGUGCCAAUUGCAGAACACCCGAUCAACCAAAACAGUACCAUAAAAUAUAAUAUUGAAGUUACAUAUUACGAUAUUAUUGUUAUAUGCUACGGUAUUUACACUAGACAAAGUAUAAUAUAAUAUAAUUAACGCACAUUUAAACGCCUGUACAUCAAUGUGUGCUUUGUUAUUCGCCGAAAUUAUAUUUAGAAACUUGUUAAUACUGUCAAAAAUUUAUUAACUAGGUAUAUCAAUUAUAAUAUUGCAUUUUUUUAAAUGCUAUUUAAUAAAGGUGAACAUUUUUGUCAGGAAAAUCGUUACAACUGAUAUAAAGUUAUGCGAAGAAAACCACGAUUCCCAUUAUAGUUAUAAAGUAUGAUUAAAGCUUAUGCGUUAUAAAUUAAUUGCUACCUGAAUUUAUUGAGUCGACAUUGGCGAUAAAACGUGGUACAAUUUUAAUUUUCAAACGGUUUGAGUAACAAAAUAAACUAUUAUCUGAAUAUAGAUCUCACUCUUUCGGUAUGUAUUAUAGUUUAUUGUUCGGUAUGACUUCUAGAUCUGAAUUAUCAAUUUUGAAUUCCAUGUUUUAUUUACAAAUAAAUGUAAAUUACAAUCAUUAAACAUUAGUAAAUCUUCUUGCCAAACAUUUAAUAAAUAAUUACAGGGUGAGGUGUAGGUAUAUUUUCAGUUCGAUUUUAUUGGCAAUGGCGACAAGACGUGCUGAAACAAUUUAAUUUUUACGUGACGUACCUGCGAUUAUUACCAAAUAUACAUGUUCAUUGCAAUAAUGGUUGUGAUAUACAUCAUGGCGUUUUUAUUUUAACGAAACAAAAUAUUUUUUUGUUCAAAGCAACGAAACAUCGCGCUGCCUAAACCAAAUGAUCACCUUAGAUAUAGGCAAAAACAACUCAGCUAGCGUUUCGACAACUGCCAUACUAUAAGGAUGUAGGUGUAACUGCGGCUUAAGUUAUAAUAAUUAAAAAAGUAGUAUUAGAUUUAUUUUAAGUUGAAGUCAUAAUAAUAGUAUUUAAAUAUUAGGUAUAUACACAGUCUACGAAUAAUAAAUUGUUCGUAAUAUAUUAAACUCGUUUAUAUCUGUAGUCACAUGUUGCUGUUUCUUCAGAUAGAAAAAAUAUAUAUACGAAAACUAUUUUUGAGAGUGGAUUAAUAGAACGGUUUAUUCAUAUUGACAUUUUCAAAUAUAUUAUUAUAUAACAUUAUAUAUAUAUAAUAUUUUCAGAAAUCUGUAUGAUUUAAUAUAUUUUCCAAAUUAGCUACAGUAAUAUAUAUAAUUUAGUCUUUAAAACAUCAAAUGAAGAAUCCAUUUCAAUUAUUUUAUAGGGGAUCGAAACUUCGGUCCAACAAAUUUUGUUAAUGAAAAAACAUUAAUGAAUACCAAAUACGGUAAUACUGAACAAUGUUACAUUGUUUUUAUAACUUCUUUCUAAGUCUCUACUUACUGUGUUACUAAAAACCAUGUGCCGAGAUCACCGUAAUUCAACAAAAUAGUUAAUUUCAUUUAAAUAUCGUCGUAGACAUCAGCUAAAUAGAAAAUGUAAGCUACUGCGUCGCAAAGUGGCAUGCUAGUUUCAUAAAUACCGAUCUCAAUUUAUAUUCGAAGCUAUUAGAUUUUUCUAUAGAUAUUAUUAUUGCAUAGACGGUGUCUUAUUUUAUGUAAUUUAUAUUAGGACAUAGUUAAAUUUUUUUAUUAUUUUAAUAUAAAGACAUUUUAUUUUUAAUAAGCCAUUUGUAAAUAUUAUUUACGUAUUAAUUCAUUUAGCCAAAAUUUUGCUCAAUUUUGUAUGCACUCAACACCAAAGUCAUAAUAUAUUUAACAAAAUUUAUAAACAUAUCAGUACAAACGAGCAUAAUUCUGACAACACUAGAAAUGUAUUUUAACCCAUGAAUAAUUUUCAAUUAUUUCCACAAAACUAAUUACAUUACUUUUUCUCAUUUAUACUUCUCAAAUCAUAACAUAAUCGACAUACGUCUCUGUACAAUGUCCCCUCCAGUGUCUUACUUGAUUUAAGAAUUCGAGGCUAGGAGCUGGGGCGAUCUGAUAUUGGGCGCUAGUCGAGCUCUAAGUCUUAUUUCUUAAUAUUUCAAUUGUCGCUGCUGGUAUACGUCAAUACGUAACCAUUAACCAUUGUUACGAUAAUUAAUAUAAAGUAUUUUACGUUAAGAUCACAGCUCGUAAUUUAUUAUCUAUUAGACAUGUACAGUCGAUUGCAGUCAUCUGUAUACCAUUUGCCAGAUAAAUAUGGCUGCCAAUGGAGUCUAUAUAAUGAUAGGCAAAUAAAAUAUAAUUAAUUUGUCAUUUGGUAUACCCCCAUUUGCGAUCGACUGUACACAUUAAUCAAUGUAAGUAUUUAAAGGCAUAAAAGCCUCGUUUUGUACUUAGAAUAAAUAAUGAAAUAAAGUUUUUAUU